UUCUACGUCUCCUACACGACCCUGAAUUCUAUUGAUUCAUUAAUUCAUUUCCGUUCAGAAAAUGCUUGAGAGAGCGUCGUAUUGCGUUCUUAUCGCGGUUUAACUUUGGAAUAAGAUAUAUAAUUUUAAGUAUUCAUCAGAAAAGUAUAUAGAACUUUGUUCAUCUACAUUGUGUAUAUUGUUUAACGUUAAAUUCCGUCAUCAGAAAGAGCAAUCGUAAGAGAUAAGUUUGAAAUUGGUUUUUGCGUCUACGUAAUGGAGGUUCAGGGCGUUGUCUCCAUAUGUUUAGAAAAUAAGUUGAAUUGUUUUCUGAAUUCGUUGCGGAAUCUUAGCAGUUGAAGAACAUUGAUAGUAGACAUUGUAGUGAUAACCCGAUACUUUUUUCGUGUGCCACAGAUUAGGAUAUCCCGUAAAUCAAAAUGCCACGAAUUGAUCCGUUACAACUUUUAAAGUGCUUCUCGCCAUUUUUGACACCGGAAGGCGGUAUUUUGUCAAGAGAAGAGGUACCCAGAUUAGUCGAUUUGAUGAUGAAGUUCAGUAAAAAGCUUGUGAGUAAAUGUGUGUACAUCCUGAUUCUAAAGCACACGCAAACAGAUUUUGUGGACUUGUUCAUGGCUGGAGGUGGUUGGCAUUUGAUCCAGACUUGGCUGCAAGAUGCUAUACAUAACAGCAACUGGGAGUUGGUGAAAGAGGUACUGGGACUCCUGCUGAUGACCCCAGUUGAUGUAGAGAGGCUGAAAUUGAACAUCCUACCGAAGUUGGUGAAGAGCCUAUCACGUAGAGAGGAACAGGAUGGUGUUGCCCAGUUAUCCAACCAACUAGUCCAACAAUGGCUGAGCGUCGUCAAAAGCAAUACUGCAUCUCAACAACAACCUCCUAACGCACCUGCCGUUCCGGAGACCAAUAAAAACGCUACCCCAGUAGAAGCAGCUUCUGCGCCUGCCGUUACGGAGCAAGCAGUCGAAGAGAAAAAGGAGAAUGCAGAACCUGAAACUGUACCCUCAAGUACAUUCUAUAGUGGUCCUAACAAAAACGAUGAAGAUGUCAAAGAUGAAAAGCCUGAGGCUACAGAAACAGCCCCUAUUGAAAUGGUGGAAGAAGAUACAGAGAAAGAGAAGGAAAGGGAGAAAGAAAAAAGUAAAGAUAAGGAUGAUAAGCACAAGUCUAGCUCCAGGAGUAAGUCGAGCAGUAGCAGCAGUAGGGAUAAGGACAGGGAUAGGCACAGGGAUAAAGAUAAGGACAGGAAGAAAUCGAGUUCCAGUUCCAAAUCGAGUAGGGAUAAAGACAGGAGCAAGAGCAGCAGUAGCAGCUCGAGUAAAGACAAAGACAGAGAUAGAGACAGGAAAGACAGAGAUAGGCAUAAGAGUAACGGUGAAAUCAAAAGCUCCAGCGGUAGGAGCAGUAGCAGCAGUAAGGACAAGAAGGAUAGUUCGAAGAGCAAAGAUAGUAAGGACAGCAAGGAAAAACAAGCAGAGAAGGACAAAGACACGUUAGCCAAGUUGAAGCCGCCAACUAUCGAUAAACUAGGCAAGAUUCCGAAGAAAACAAGUGCCGUGGAUGAGAAGACCGAGAAGGAAAAGGAGGAAUUGGAUAAAAUCAAAAAGAAGUUUUCGGUGGGAGUGAAGAAAAAUAGCGAGGAACGGCCGAAGACGGUGAAAGUGUUCAAUUCGAAGAUGCGGUCCACCGGGUUGGAAGAAGAGGUUAAACCGGCUCCCCCGCGGCCGGUAAAGAAACCAACCCCCAGUGUCCAGUUACCAACGAUCCCCAUGAAGCGACCGUCGCCUCCCCGGGAGCACAAAGAACCGGCGAUACCGCCCGAGAAGAAACUGAAGAUGGACAAGGUGGACCUGCCGGAACGACCGGGAGGAGUCAAGUUGAUACCACCGAAGCCUAAACGUAAGUGUCCCAGUUCCUUAUCUUAUUCACGGGCGCUUUUUGUUUUUUCAGGUGGUAUUCAGACUGGCAACGUCGCACCCCUGACUUUCCCAGGAAAGGACGCAGAGCUGUCGUGCAUGGUACUGCCGCCGGGGCCGCUGCUGAUGCUGGGCGCUGUUUGGUACCACCAAAAGGGAACGGUCGUACAGGGAAAAUGGUUACGAGUCUUUUCAUUAUUACUGCUCAGUAUUCUAGAUGGUAUACACAAGUUUAUUAUGUUUUGGUCGAAAAAUAUGUAUGGUCGUAGAUGGAAGGUGGUGAUGGAAGCAGGCGGUAUUGGUUGACUUUUUAUUUUUUUACGGAGCUUUGAUAUCGGAACGAGAAAGACAGCGCUCAGGACAUAGGCUCAAAAAGAUUGAGGAACGAUGGUUUUGACAGAUAAUGUGCAACGGAACUGUAGAGAAAUAAUUUUAUGCGAGCAGCAAAGCUUGUGUGACUGUAAUCUCGAGCUUUCGACAAACUAUGUUUUCAUCUUCAGGAGCUAAAACAAUUAUGAAAAUAGCAACCUAUGUAGAACAGAUUUAAAUUUUCAAAUUACUUACUCGUCGAUGAGUUUGCAGCUAAAUGGUGUUUUAAAACGAAAACGUGGAUGAGAACACUUGUUACAAUUAUAAAACCAAAAGACCGGACACAUUGGGUUUGUUGUUAACGACGAAGACAUAAACCCGAACAAAUUAUAAAUUGUAGAACAUACUAAGUUAUUAAAAAACUGACACUACAUUUUAGGGAAACAGUAAAUUCUUUCUUAACACCGUGGUCACAGUGAAUGAAACCGGAAAUGUGACGUGGUAGACAGAUGUACGUCAUGAAAGAAUGUGGAAGUAUACUUUCUAUGAAUUUAGAUGGUAAUGACACCAGAAAAGAUGGUUUGUGUGAAAAAUUUUAAUAUUUAUUAUUACUACGAAACCUUGAAAAUUCCUCUGUUUUACGGGAUAUAUAAUAGAAAUUUGUGCUCUAUUGUUGGGAAGAUGUUGGACUAACUGGAAUAUGUAGUCUUUCCAAUUUUUCGCAGUUCAGCAAGUGAGAAUAAAUGAUACUAAGUUUCUGAACUUCAGCCUUUUAUUCAUUCAGUGAUCUGUCAUGAAAAUGUGGGACAUUUUUAAAAGACGUUUUGAAAGGUGUUUUUAUCUUACAUGAUAUCAAAAUCUUAAAAAAUUAUAUCUUAGGAGUGGAUAAAUGUAUCGCAAAUGUUGCGGCAGCAUAACUUCCUUUUUCAAAAUGAGGCCUUUGCAUUUACCUAAAAUCACAAUGUGGUGGUGUGUAGUUUCUCCAGCUGGAAUUAUUGGUCCCUGGUUUUGGUUCAAUCAAGACGGUGCAUCACAGCACACACUGCAGGAGCGUCGCGCCUCUCAUCAAUUAAGGGCGAUUAGAAGUGACCGACCCGCUCUCCCGAUUUGGCCCUUUGUGAUUUUUUUCUAUAGGUUUUUUUUGAAACCCGUGUUUUUGUGAACCAUCCAAGAUUUGAAGACCAACAUCCAGGAAUAAAUUGCCAACAUAACGCCUGCUAUGCUGAUUUACUCAGUAUCUGAGGAAUCAGCAUAUCUGAUUUGAUCUUCAAUAUUAGGUAAAACAACACUUCAUGCUUGCCCCUACGUUAAAAAAAAAACAAAUAAAAAUACCAGUGAUGUAGAAAUUUUAAAUACUCUAUGUCUCGGUAAUGGGACAUUUUAGGUUGCGGUAACGCAUCGUAUUACUACCUCAAAAUGUGACAACUCAUUUCAAGGAAUGUAAAUGAUAGUGCUUAUGAAAAAUUGAAUGAAUUUUAGAUGUUUCAAGAAGAACCUGUCCAUGCAAAAAUUCAGUGUUUAAGUGCCAGGGGGAGACGACACCCUCCUGAAAAUUUGGACCUUGAAAUUGAUUUUGUGUACAAUUUGGGGACUCUAAGGAUUUCACUGCCAAUUCCCCUGUUCAAAAAAUUUUUCACAUUCCUACGGGCUUCCAUGCAUUUUUGAUAAGCACUAUCGAAAGAUUUUUGCAUGUUUUCGUAUAAAUAUGUUUGUCCAUCACCACCCGAGAGCGGUAAAAACCAGUAUUUUUCGACCACAUUUUAGAUAAAUAACAUUUAUACUCCUCUCCCACUUAAUUCUGUAAAGGCACAGUCUAGCUUACUAUAUAUUGGAAGUGUUUGUGCGCGCAUCGAUGAAGAAACGAUCGAGUCUACAUCCAGCGGCAUCUACAGUGUGUGAAUAUCGCAAAGUGCAACGGUGAUCGCGAGUGGGACUUUUCAUUAUAUUCUCACACUUUUUGUUUAUAAAAAGAACGUUGCGAUAUGUCACACCGUAUGGUAAGUUGAACAAAUACACUGUAAUUAUUUUAGUAUCUGACUGACUGUAUAUUUCCAUGGAUUUUGAGAAAUAAAAAGCAUUUCAACAAGAUACAGUGAGGUAUAUGGGAAUAGUGGAUCCUCUCCUUAGUAUAUAAAGCGUAUAAGAAACGAUGCGACAUUUAAACAAAGCACCGAAGACCAAAGCGGUCCGUAAUAGGCGAAACUUUAGAAAAUAGGGAUAGGGAACAGAUAUUUGGAUAUACAGGGUUCAUUAUGAAAGUAUUGCGAUUUUUUUUGGAAAACAGAUUUUCAAAUGCUUAAAAUUUUUUAAAAUACCUACGCUUGCGGAGACGAGAUUGCCACGCCUAAGAGGCGCCUUGUAAUUUCUCGAUGGGAAUGCCUCUCAGGGACGUUGUAGCAUGCUGUUGGAUAGUAAACAACUUGAGAGAAAUGGGAAUCUUCAUUACGUGGAGGCGAUCUAACCAAUUCGUCUACAACCAACUUGCAGAAUCGGCAAAUUCAAUAGUAC